AUGGCAUCAACAGCUGGAGCCACAGGAUGGCUGAGGGGAAUAGUGAAAGGUGUUCCAUCUGGUGACAGCUUGGUGAUAAUGGGCAACUCCAAAGCCGAGAUUCCUCCAGAGAAGACCAUCACUUUAUCAUCCCUAAUGGCUCCCAAGUUGGCUCCCCGUAGAGGUGGUCUGGAUGAGCCGUUUGCGUGGGAGAGCAGAGAAUUUUUAAGGAAACUUUGCAUUGGGAAGGAGGUGACUUUCCGGGUGGAUUACACUGUACCGUCCAUCAAUCGGGAAUUUGGUUCUGUUUUCCUUGGAGAUAAGAAUGUGGCUUUGCUGGUGGUUGCUGCAGGCUGGGUAAAGGUUAGAGAGCAAGGUCAGCAGAAAGGAGAAGCUAGUCCUUUCUUAACAGAGUUGUUACGACUUGAGGAACAGGCUAAGCAGCAAGGCCUAGGCCGCUGGAACAGGGUGCCUGGUGCUUCUGAAGCCGCCAUUAGGGAUCUGCCUCCUUCAGCCGUCAGUGAUUCUAGUAAUUUUGAUGCUAUGGCUUUAUUGGCCGCUAAGAAAGGUAGCCCUUUGGAGGCUAUUGUGGACCAAGUUCGCGAUGGAAGCACAAUUCGUGUUUAUUUGCUGCCAGAAUUUCAGCAUGUUCAAGUGUUUGUUGCUGGUAUCCAGUCUCCAUCUGCGGGUAGAAGGGCUGCCUCAGAUGCUGUUGUUGGUACAGUGGGUUUGGCCAAGUAUGUUGAGUGGAGUGCUAGCUUGCUGGAAGACGAAGCCAAGCGGAGGUUGAAAACCGCUGAACUCCAAGCAAAGAAGUCUAGAUUAAGAAUCUGGACCAAUUAUGUUCCACCUGCCACAAAUUCAAAGGCCAUUCAUGAUCAAAACUUCACAGGAAAAGUUAUUGAGGUCGCAAGUGCUGAUUGCAUUGUUGUUGCUGAUGAUUCCUUGCCAUUCGGAGAUCCAGCUGCAGAGAGACGAGUCAAUCUGUCAAGCAUUCGGGGCCCUAAAAUGGGUAAUCCGCGUAGAGAUCAAAAACCUGACCCCUAUGCUCGUGAUGCCAAGGAGUUUCUCAGAACCCGUUUGAUUGGCCGACAAGUGAAUGUUUCUAUGGAAUAUUCCAGGAAGGUUAGCUUGGCAGAAGGACCAGGUGCCGUACCUGGGUCCACAGACUCAAGAGUGAUGGAUUUUGGAUCGGUUUUCCUUGUCAAGGAUGGGGAUGAUGCUGCCGCUUCUGGAGCUGGCAGCCAACAAGGUGGAGUGAACAUAGCUGAGCUUUUAGUUGCCCGUGGGUUUGCGACUGUUGUUAGGCAUCGGGAUUUUGAGGAGAGGUCCAAUCAUUAUGAUGCCCUCCUUUCUGCCGAGUCGCGUGCGAUUUCCGGAAAGAAAGGCAUGCACUCUGCCAAGGACCCUCCCGUGAGGCAUGUGACAGAUUUGCUAACGGCUUCUGCAAAGAAAGCGAGAGACUUCCUACCCUUUCUGCAACGUAAUAGGAGGAUGUCUGCCGUUGUCGAAUAUGUUCUCAGUGGACACCGAUAUAAAAUUGAUAUUCCCAAAGCAACAUGCAGUAUUGCGCUCUCGUUGUCUGGAGUUAGGUGUCCGGGUCGUGAUGAGCCUUAUUCAGAUGAAGCUAUUGCCUUCAUGAGGAGAAAAAUAAUGCAGAGGGAUGUUGAGAUCGAAGUCGAAACUGUUGAUAGAACUGGAACUUUCUUGGGAAGCGUUUGGGAGAACAGAACCAAUGUGGCCAUACCACUUUUAGAAGCUGGUUUGGCAAAAAUUCAAUCUUUUAGCAUUGAUAGGGUCCCAGAAGCUCAUCUGCUCAUCCAAGCCGAGCAAUCUGCCAAGCAGAAAAAGUUGAAGAUAUGGGAAAAUUAUGUUGAGGGAGAGGAAGUUUCUAAUGGUUCGGGUUCAGCAGCAUCAGCUGAAAGAAGACAGAAAGAAGAAUUCAAGGCUGUGGUCACAGAAGUUCUGGAAGGUGGUAAAUUUUAUGUUCAGUCAGUUUCGGAUCAGAAAGUGGCCUCAAUACAGAAGCAACUCUCUUCUUUAAACCUUCAAGAAGCUCCUCUGAUUGGCGCCUUCAGUCCUAAAAAAGGGGAUAUAGUUUUGGCUCAAUUCAGUGCAGACAAAUCUUGGAAUCGUGCAAUGAUUGUGAGUGCUCCCCGUGGUGUGGUGGAAUCUGCAAAUGACAAGUUUGAGGUGUUCUACAUCGACUAUGGGAACCAAGAAACCGUUCCCUACAGCCAAUUGCGUCCUCUUGAUUCUUCUGUAUCUGCAGCCUCUGGCCUUGCCCAGCUUUGUAGCCUGGCCUUUGUCAAGGUCCCAGGUUUAGCAGAUGAUUAUGGGCAGGAGGCUGCCAUUCGGUUGAGCGAACUCCUAUUGAGUGCUCCCAAAGAAUUCAGGGCCGUGAUUGAAGAUAAGGACACUUCGGGUGGGAAAGUCAAGGGACAGGGAACCGGGACUGUCUUCAUGCUUACCUUGAUCGACACUGAAGCUGAGAUGAGCAUAAAUGCAAUUAUGUUGCAGGAAGGGCUUGCUAGGUUGGAGAAGAGGAGGAGGUGGGAAUCCAAGGAAAGGCAGCAGACUUUUGACGAGCUGGACAAGUACCAGACUGAAGCACGUGAGAAGAGGCUCGGGAUGUGGGAGUAUGGUGACAUUGCCUCUGAUGACGAGGACUCUGCACCUCCGGCCAGAAAAUCUGCUGCUGCUGCUGGAAAACGGUAA